AUGAGAAAACAAAUUGAUAUUUUAAAUGCUAAAUUAAGAAAGGAAAUUGAUAAUAAGAUGAAUUUGAUGGUUAAAAGUAAAGUUAAAUUACUUUGUGAUGAGUUGAUAAAUUUGAGUAUAAAAGAUUUUUUUAUUAAGGAAAUUAACGAAUUUUCCAAAUGUAGUAAAAAACAAAUAAUUAAAGGAAUGAUGUCAAUUGGUAAUGAACUUAAGAAAACUAAAAUUAAUGGAAUGUAUUACACGUAUAUUAAUGAUAGCUCAGAUAUUUAUUUGAUUAUUUAUGAUUCAACUUCUAAAGCUAGUAAUUUUAGUGAAUUUAAAAGUUUAAAAUUUAAUGAUAAUUUUAUUAAUGGAAUAAUUAGAGAAGAUCAGUUAAAUCAAAUAAUUGAAAAAUUUAAAUAA